UGUUCAGUUGCGUCCUGGCCUCAUAUCCUGUCGCUAUCCUUUGCUUCAGCGCUGGUCCAAGCGGUUUCAGUUCGAGGUGUUGAGUGCAUUUGAGCGGCUGCAGAUAAAAACAGAACUGUGCGUCAGAACAGGGCCUAUAUCUCCAGCAAUUAGUGGAUGGUGUUCGGUGCGAGAAACAUAUCCGCAAGAUCGAACUGUGCGGGAUAUAAAAUCCCUGGAGAACAAACUGCCGCCUUUGGCUAAACCGGCUCGGAUCGUAACCCUUUUUCAACUCUCCAUCGGUGUUGUGCGUCGGCACACCAAACGGCUUCAAAAUUAACUACUCAAAGUACCACCACAACGCUAUGUCCUUAUCGGCCAUAGCCAAGCCAAUACUCUACUCGUAUUGGCGCAGCUCGUGCUCCUGGCGCGUGCGCAUUGCGAUGAACCUGAAGGAGAUACCCUACGACAUCAAGCCGAUCAGCCUGAUCAAGUCCGGGGGCGAGCAGCAUUGCAAUGAGUACCGCGAGGUCAAUCCCAUGGAGCAGGUGCCGGCCCUGCAGAUCGAUGGACACACCCUCAUCGAGUCGGUGGCCAUCAUGCACUACCUGGAGGAGACCCGUCCGCAGCGACCCCUGCUCCCCCAGGACGUCCACAAGCGAGCCAAGGUGCGCGAAAUCGUCGAGAUCAUCUGCUCGGGCAUCCAGCCCCUGCAGAACCUCAUCGUGCUCAUCCACGUGGGCGAGGAGAAGAAGAAGGAGUGGGCCCAGCACUGGAUCACACGGGGCUUCCGGGCGGUGGAGAAGGCGCUGUCCACGUCCGCGGGAAAGUACUGCGUGGGCGACGAGAUCUCCAUGGCCGACUGCUGCCUCGUACCUCAGGUGUUCAAUGCCCGAAGAUUCCACGUGGACUUGCGCCCCUAUCCCAUCAUACUGCGCAUUGACCGCGAACUGGAGAGCAAUCCGGCCUUCCGGGCGGCCCACCCCUCCAAUCAACCGGACUGUCCGCCGGAGCUGCCCAACAAAUAGAAUUUUCCGACGCCAACUGCAAAGCGCCGCAAGACGAAAAAGUGAAUUGCAGUUCGUAAUCCAGGCACAGGACAAACUAAGAACUUAAAUCUGAUCGGUGGGGCAGAAGGGAUAGAUAUGGAGGAGAGCAAAGGAGAGGGCAAAGCUGGCGAGGAUUCCAUUAAGCAGAAACAGUCGGAUGUGAUUUAAGAAAUUGCUAACAGCAUUUAAAUAUGCAUAAAUGCAUAAAAAUACUAUCGAUAACAUAACGAAAUUCCUCACACGAAAUUCAAAUGCAAAAUUCUCAGAGACGGAACAAAAACUAAUAAUAAACUCUUCAGAUUCCCUUAGUUUGUCAUUGUGAACACGAUCUAAAAGAUGAACUCAUAUAUAUUAAAUGUAACUUAUUUUUAUGCAUUUUAUUUAGGCUAACAAAACAUAACAAAUUCAAGGAAAACAAAACCAUGACGAAAAGCAAAAUUCAAUUCAGGGAUUUAAAAAGAAAAACAAAUUUAGAAACACUAUCGAAGAUAUACAAACGUAGAUGAUGUAUAUGUAUGCAAAACUACUUCAUGUCAAAGUUGGGCAAACGCUAAACGAAUCGUUCACAAAGUACAAAACUUCAGUCAACCAACAAGUAAACUAAACCAACAUACAAGCAACUAUACACUAAAGCGAAUAAAUCCUAAGUAAUUUACGAGAA